AUGGCGGCGCGGCGGGCGCGGGGCGAUGGGGCCGCGCCGCCUCAGGGAGGGGGCCCGGCCGGCGCCAAGCGGGAGCCCGCGCCGCCGAGGACCCGGGACACCGCGGCUGAGGCGGCCCAGGACCCACUGCCCAAGGAGGAGGAUGCCAGCUACAUCAGUGUGUCAGACCUGGCCCUGUCGUCUCUGGACUCGGAGGAGAUCCUAGGGACCAUGCAGAGCUACAUGGAUGCCACGGUCAUCUCCAUCAUCGAAGACUUUGGCAAUCUUAAUGAGAACAAGCUGAUGUUGGACGAGCAGAACGAAGUGUCUUUGCUGACAGCCCUGACGGAGAUCCUGGGCAACACUGAUGAUGAGAGCCUAUCGCCCUUUGAUUCCCUUCCUGACUCAGAGCUGCUGGUCUCUCCCCGGGAGAGCUCAUCGUUACAGAAACUGCUCAGUCUGACCCGAACCCCCACAGAGGGUGACCUGGCCCCCGAAGACCAGCGGGGAGCCAAGACCAGUGGCAGCGGGGCCUCCGCCCAUGGCAAGGUGGACUUGUGCCUAACUGAUACCGCCUGGGAGCUGCCGUCUCCCCUCUUCCCGGAGAGCUCCUCCCCGAAGGCACCAGGCAGGAAGCCGGGGAGGCCUCGCCCCCGCUGGGGCCACACUGGGCCGUGCCCACCGCAGCGUAGCGACGGGGAGGAGGAGGAGGCCGCCAGCCCCGGGCCCUGCCUGGAGUCCUGCCUGGAGUCCUGCGGCAGCCCCAGCUGGGCCCCCGAGCUGGACGGCGCCCAGGACUUCCCCAUGCACCUGGCCUCCCCCGAGGCCGAAGAGGCGGUGUGGCAACCCCCCUGCAGCACCCCGCGCUCAGAAGCCGCCGACGAGAGUAUCUGCUCCCUGAGCGAGUUGGUGCGGGCCAUGCAUCCCUACAGCCUGCCCGCCCUGGCCACCGAGCUGGGCCCCGCGGAUGAGGAGCUGCUGGGCGGCGGCGUGGUCCUGGAGAUCGUGGGGCACGGGGACACGUCGGGCGGCACCCUGGAGAUCCCCGUGGUGGUACGUCCCCUGCUGCCGGAAGACCAGGACCCCUUCCCGGUCCCCCUCCUGCCGGUGCCCGCCCUGGAGAGCGAGGGCGCGACGGAGCCGGGGCCCGGCGAGGCCGAGCGGGGGCCCCCGCAAGCCGCCCUGGCCCCGGAGAGGGAGGACCCGGGGGCGAGCCGGGAACCGGAAUCGGUCGGAGAACCUCCCGGCAGCCCUGGGGGGACGGCCCUCUCCGCCCCGCCAGCCUCCCCCAAGCCCCCGCGUCCCAGAAGGGGCCGGAGGAAGAAGAGCGAGGCCCAGGUGCUGACGGAGGAGGGGCCGUCGGGCCGGAGGCUCCGCUCGUCAUCGAGGCUCCAGCCCCCUGCCCGCCCCUCGGUGCAGGUGUCCGACUUCCUGGAGCGGCAGCUGGAGGAGUCCCAGCGCGAGGCCCGGGCCCCCCGACCCAGGGGGAGACCCCGAGUCAGGCCCGCCGAGGCCGCGGCGGGCCGGAGACCGAGCCCGGGGAGGAUGGAGAGAGCCCCUGAACCCGGCCCCGCUCCCCAGAGCCCCGCCCGCCCGCUCCCACCCGACGGAGGGGAACAACAACAGCCUCCCGAGCCCGGGGAAGGACCGCCAGGGGUGGCUCCCAGGAGUCCCGAGCAGCCGCCCGCCGAGGUCCCCGGCCCCCGGGGCCGGCCGGACGCGCCGAGGGCCGAGGCGAAGCCCCGGCCUCUCAGCCUGUCGGAGUACCGGCAGCGCAGGAGGCAGCGCCAGGCCAGCGAGCGGGGGGCCGAGCCCCGGCCCGUAGCUGGGAGGUGGCCCAGCCUGCCUGAGCCGCCCACGGAGCUGGCCGAGAUCCCCUGCCUCCUGGCUCGGCCCUGCCGGGGCGUGGAAAAGCCAACCCCGCCCAAGGCCCCCCAGGCCUCUCCGCCAGUCGAGUCCCCGCCGCAGAGGUCCGUCAGUCCCCCCUCCCUCGAGGAGCCGCCGCCUUUGGAUGAGCCGGCGCUUCUGCCCCCCAUCGGGCUGGCCGGUGACCUCUCUGGGCUGACACCGCCUUCGGCUAAUCCCCUGCCCCCAGCCAGACCGGUGGGGCCCCCCCAGGUGCCCCUCAUGGUGUCCCCUCCUGCGGCUGAGCAGGGGGCCCCAGGUCUGCCUCCAGCCCCCCUCCCUCCUCCGCUUCUGCCGAUGCCCCUAGCACCGGCGAUGAUGCCCUAUGCUCCGGAUCCCUACCCCCUGUAUGCCCCACCACCUUCCUGGCCCUGCUACCCGCCGCCCCCCGCUGUGGGCUACCCCUGCCUGCCCGCCCCUUCCGGGCUGCCCCCGGCUGCCGGCACCUCCAAUAGCUUUCACAUGCCCCCGGUCCCGUCUGUGCCUUGGGCCCCACCCCCUGUUCCCGGGCCAGCUUACGGUUCCGGGGGACCCUACGGGCCGGCGUGUUGGACGCCGGGCCCGCAGCAGCCCUACUGGGCCGCCAUGCCCCCGCCCCCGGUGCCCCCUCCCUCCAUGGUUCACGGGGUGCCUCCACCCCGGCCGGGGCCGGACGGCUUCCCGGCCAGCUCCCCUCAGAGUGCCCUGCCUCCGCAGUUAGAGCCACUCACGCCCAUCGGGGUCCCUCCGCUGGCUCCCGCCAGCCCUGCCCGUAAGCCGGAGGCCACCGCCCGGGGAGCCACCCAUACCACGCCACCCGUGGCCGAGAUAAAUCCGGAUCCGGUCCCGCCGGAGCACCCAGCCUCCAAGCAGCCUUCCCCGGGGGGGCGGUCCGGUGGGUCCAAGCCAACUUCAGGUGGGCCCCUGUUAGACCUGGCCACUCAGGUGCCUGGCCCCAAGAGGAAAGCGCCAGCAGCUGAGGUGCCCGGGCCCCAAUUAGCCGAGCGAGCAGCGCAGGCCGGCCCCGGGGAACCGUCCCCGCCACCCAAGAGCAAGGCAGGGCCCGGGCCCGGGAAGUGCCCGGUCCCCAAGCCGCUUGGCGUCCGCCCGGCUCACCUGCGGAAGCUGGUCUUUCCCCCGGCCCUGCAGGCCCGGGGCACCGAGGAUGUGGUGCAGGCUUUCAUCAGCGAGAUCGGAAUCGAGGCUUCAGAUCUCUCCAGUCUGCUGGAACAGUUUGAAAAGUCUGAAGCCAAAAAGGAGGCGCCUUGCCUGGCCAGCGCUGCCGACACUCCGGCUGUAGGAAACUCUGGUGGCGCCGAGACCCCUCAGGAGAAACGACUCCUGGACCGCUUACAGGCCCCCGAACUGGCCAAUGUGGCAGGGCUGACGCCCCCAGCCACUCCGCCCCACCAACUGUGGAAGCCCCUGGCUGCCGUCUCCCUGCUGGGCAAGCCCAAGUCCCCACGCCCCGCGGCCGCCCAAGAGGGAGCCUCAAACCCCACCGGCGCCGAGACCAAGGGCCUGCCCCCCAGCAGACCACGCAGCAAACUCCUGGCCUCCAUCCCCGUCCACGUGGGUAGCGGAGACCACGACUACUGCAUCGUGGGGCCGGCCCCCGCCCCCGCCCAGGGGGUCGGCUCCCGCUGGAACGUCAAACACCACCAGGACAUCACCAUCAAGCCCAUCCUGUCCCUCAGCCGCCCGGGGCCCCAGCCGGGGGAAACUCGUCGGGAGCAGCUCGACCACAGGACUAGUGAGAAGAGGGAGGUGGGGCCCCCGGCCCCCGCCCCGUCCGUGUUGCUGUCCCCCGAGGCCUCGCCCGGCCGAGAGGAGGACCACCCCCGGACUCACCCCGCUCUGCCGGCCGGGACCAGGGGCCCCGUGCGCUGCUACCGGAGGCGCCGGGACUCCACCAGCCCCGCCGGCCCAGCCUGGCAGGGGCGCCGAGCCCGCGGCAGCCGCUCCUUCGGCUCCUGCUCCAACGGGGCCAGCGAGGCGUCGUCGGUGUCUUCCUCCGCCUCUUCGUCCUCGUCGUCCUCCUCUUCCAGAUCCCGGUCUCGGUCGCUGUCCCCGCCGCCCAAGCGAUGGCGAAGGUACCGCUCCCGCCGCUCCUGUUCCUCCCGCUCCUCGUCCCGCUCCAGCUGCGGCUCCUGGGAUCGAGCCCGGAGACGCUCCUCCUCUUCCUCCUCCUCUUCGUCUUCCGCCGCUUCCUCCCUGUCUUACUCGUCCUCAUCCAGCUCUCGCAGCCGCUCCCGCUCCCCAUCCCCCCGCCAGAGGAGUAACAGAAGGCGGAGGUAUGACUAUUAUGACUCCCAGGACCACUACCAAAGACAGAGAAUCCUGCAGAAGGAACGUGCAAUAGAGGAGAGACGGGUCGUCUUCGUCGGCAAGAUCCCGGGGCGCAUGACCCGGGCAGAGCUGAAGCACCGCUUCUCCGUGUUUGGGGAGAUCGAGGAGUGUACCAUCCAUUUCCGCUUUGAGGGCGACAACUACGGCUUCGUCACCUACCGUUACGCCGAAGAGGCAUUCGCCGCCAUCGAGAGUGGCCACAAGCUGCGGCGAGCAGACGAGCAGCCCUUCGACCUGUGCUUCGGGGGCCGGCGCCAGUUCUGCAAGAGGAACUAUGCAGACUUGGACUCCAAUCGGGAGGACUUCGACCCUGCCCCCGUGAAGAGCAAAUUUGACUCCCUCGACUUUGACACGUUAUUGAAACAGGCCCAGAAGAGCCUGAGGAGGUAACCCCGGGCUCCUGCCCCUCCCCCCAAAGGUGCCCAGCCUCCUCCGCCCCCC